AUGGCAGAACUGAGCAAUGGUCGUCCAUUAUUUGCUGGUGAGAGUGAAAUUGAUCAGCUCUAUUUGAUCCAGGAAAUAAUUGGACCCCUCCCUCCCGCCAUGGUUAAAUAUUUCUUCAAGAACCACAGAUUCGAUCAUUGGAAUUUUCCAUCGGCUGGUAAAUCAAGCAGCUUGGAUGCUAACUUCAAAAAUAUUCUCCUUCCUCUUCUUCUCAGUUUUCUGAAGUCAGUCCUAGCAUUAGAUCCAAGCAUGAGAUUGACGGCCGAUGAUUGUGUUGAACACCCAUGCUUUCAAAUGGAACGCUCCUCCAAUAUUUCGCUCACCAGAAGACGAGACAGAAGAAAAAAUCAAAUUGCACAGGAUAGUGUUACAAAUGAUGAAAAUGUAAAUAAGCUUGCAAAUUUGGAUAGUUUCGUAUUGAACUCCGUAAAAAAUAGCCAUGAACCGAACUUGGAGUCUGGCCACAAUUUGGAGAAACAGUCAGAAGCUAAUUGUAAAGUUAGUGAAAGUGUCAUGGUGACAGCAUCAACUAAAUUCUUAAGGCGAAAUGGUGAUCGUUGUUGUCAGGUAACUAAAAUACCAAUCUUAAUUAAAGGUGCGAGAACUGACAAUUCGAAAGAUGUAGAUAAUAUCAACGAGCAUUGCAAACCAAACAUUGAAACUAAACUGCUAAAAGAACUGAAAACAAAAAAUUUAUUGAGUGAAAAACGUUCUUGUGAGAAAGUUACUGCAGCUUCUGAGGAAUCAUCAUCUGCUUCGGAUACCACUAAUGAAAAAAAGAUAAUCAUUAAUGAUGUUAGUUGUAGCAUUAAUAAUGAUUCCUACGAUAAUAUUAGCAGGAACGUCAGGAACAAACCCAAUCUGAAACUCCUCUUCAAACGUGCUUACAACAUGAACUCCACACCAAACGCUAGCAACGAGACUGCAGUUAAAAUAGCUAAUUUUGGAUUGCAAACCGAUAAGGGUAGCAUUGAAAGGGCUUCCAUCGAUAAACUUAACAAAAACUCGAAUAACGUUAAUCCAAGUCUCUGUCCUUCUGAAAAGAUUGUUGAUUUAAAGAAAGAUUCUAUGGAAAUUUGUAAAGGUAUCAGCUUUCCAAAUUUGGUGAACGAGAAGAAAAUAGAAAAGGAUGAAAUUGUUAGAAAUGAGAAUGAAGAUGAAAGAGACUUUGUCUCAAAUAAAGAUGGCAAACGCGAUAUUAAUAAACAUGAUAAUUUUAAUAGGAACGGACUGGCCGCUGGUAGUAAUAAUCGUUGCUCGAAAUUCGAUUGCGACUCAAACUUUAUUGAUUACGUGGACAGUUUUAAAAAGUUCCGCAGCAAGAUGUGCCAAAAUGUUGUUUGUGCUAGCGCUAGUGACAGCAUGAGUUGUAACGUAAAGAGGAAUCGAGUGUUAUAUUUGAGUCCAAUAGAAAAAUGGGAGCGUAGUGAUGUUAUGAAGGAAGAUGAAGAAUGUGAUAAAGUAAAAGGUAUUCAUCUCCACAAAUCUGUCAUUGCUUCGUCAUCUUUACAUACGUGCAAUGAAGUUGAUGAUAACGAUGGCGAUGAUUCUGGCGGUGAGAACGUCGCUGAUUGCGGACGAAUAGUAAGAAAUUAUUACGAAGAAGUGGGAAUAGACGUGGAGGAGCACAAAUGUAUCUGGUCCAAUAUGGUGACCGACGAGGAUGGGGAUGUAUGUAACGGUGAUCAUAAUUUUCAACACCACGGGGCAAACAAUAUAGCUGGCAACGCUGGUGAUGGCGUCAACAGUGGUGCUAACUGUUCCACGCAUGAACCAUACCAACCAAAUUGCAUUAACCGUGAGCAAACUUUAACACCUGACAUCGAUUGUGUGGAAGACGAUGAUACUUUUUCAGAUUUAAACAUUUGCCAAAAGAGGUUGAACAAAGAAGGCCGUCCACGACAUUCGGGAGAAGGACGACAUCUUCAACUACUUCUUGAUGGGCGACGCGAAGAAAGUUUGCCGGUAGACAAUGAACAGCAAUCAGUAAGAUUUGACGAGGAUCGCGAACAACAAAUUCCACCUGUUGUUUUGAAAAUCAACCUUCACGAAAUAUACUUCAAUGUGCUCGUCAACAACCUUUUCAAUCAUCUCAACGAGUUGCUCAACAAAGUGACGCUAACGAAAAAAAAUCUGCGAUACAACAGCCAGCGCACCAACGUGAUAAAAAACAAGAAAUCUUUCAAGAACAUCAUGAGACACAACGGCAACAUCAUUCCUACACAAAACCGAUACGCAAACGUUGGAAAAAGAUGGGAAAAUCCUAAUUUUGAAUUGUGUCUUUAA